ACUAGCCCACCACGCAGGCUCACACCCCUCUGGGGGCUCCGGACCUGCCCUGGCUCACUCCCUCCGGCCCGCCAUCCCCGGCCCAGGCACCUGUUCGUGGUGGCGCAGAGCGCGCGGCCCGGGCGGCGCGGAGAGCGGGGGCGGAGCAGGUCCCAGGAGUCGGGCUCCUCGGCGCACCUGGCGGUGAGCAUCGCCGGAGGAGGAGAAGGCGAGGAGAGGCCCAGGAAUAAUGGAGUCCAAAGAUCAAGGAGUAAAAAAUCUCAACAUGGAAAAUGACCAUCAGGAAAAGGAGGAAAAGGAAGAAAAGCCACAAGAUGCUAACAAAAGGGAGCCGCCUGUGGCCCUGCCUUUGGAAACAGGCGAAUACAGCGUGCCUAGAGGAAGUCGCAGACGCUUCCGUGUCAGGCAGCCCAUUGUGCACUAUAGAUGGGACCUGAUGUACAGGGUUGGAGAGCCCCAGGCAAGGAUGAGACAGGAGAACAUGGAAAGGUUUGGGGAGGAUGUGAGACAGCUCAUGGAGAAGUUGAGGGAAAGGCAGCUGAGCCAUAGUCUGAGGGCAGUUAGCACUGACCCCCCUCACCAUGACCAUCAUGAUGAGUUUUGCCUUAUGCCCUGAAUCCUGAAGUGUUCUCUGAAGAUAAUAUGGGGACCCCUGCUUCUAAAACUUACAUGUUUGUGAUGCACUGUUGUAAAAACUUUGAGGUUA